UUUUCAACCUCUGCUUAAUAUCCAGCAUGAGCACGUACGCUCAUCCUGUGAUUAUUCGCUUCGUUUUACAUGCAGAGCAAAUAUACAAAAACAACGAGCGACAACUAAACUCAUCGCGCUGUUAGCCUAUUUGGUGGAAAUCUUAGUCAAUGAGCGAACAAGGAAUUGUUUUUCAAGAUAGCCUAUCUAUCCACGCCCAUUAUUAAGAAACUAAACUUUCGUAGGCUACGUUGGGUAGAGCAGGUGUUGUCGUUCACGAAGCUUCGUAGGCUUGUAUUGUAUGUCCUUGUAUGCGCUUAAGAAAAAUGGCAGAAGCCACUCAGAGUAAUCAGGACCUUUUUACAUGUCCUGUUUGUCUUGAUCUACUGAGGGAUCCAGUCACUCUUCACUGUGGACACCGUUACUGCACGGGCUGCAUUAAGGACUGCUGGGAUCAGGAAGAUCAGAAGGGAGUCUACAGCUGCCCCCAGUGCAGACAGACGUUCACUCCGAGACCCGUUUUAAACAAAAAGAAUAUUUUUGCUGAGGUUGUGGAACAAUACAGGAAGAGCAGAAUUCAACCUGUUGUUCCUGCUCCUGUUGUAUGUGCUGGAGCUGGAGAUGUGGAGUGUGACGUCUGCACUGGGAGAAAACUCAAAGCUGUGAAGUCCUGUCUGGAAUGUCUGGUGUCUUACUGUGAAACUCACUAUAAAGCUCACAACGAUGUUAAUCCUAGACGAAAACACAAGAUGGUGGAUGCCACUGGUCAGCUACAGGAGAGGAUCUGCACCCAGCAUGAGAAGCCUCUGGAGGUGUUUUGCCGUACAGAUCAAACGUGUGUGUGUUUGCUCUGUGUGAUGGAUGAACACAAAGGCCAUGACACUGUGUCAGCGUCUGCAGGGAGAAAGGAGGAACAGACACACUUGGGAGAGACCCAGAGGAGAUUUCAGCAGAGAAUCCUGGAGAGAGAGAAGGAGCUGCAGGAGCUGAGGAAGGCUGUGGAGACACUCAAGAGUUCUGCACAGACAGCAGUGGAGGACAGUGAGAGGAUCUUCACUGAGAUGAUCCGCUCCAUUGAGAGAAGGCGCUCUGAGGUGACAGAGCUGAUCAGAGGUCAGGAGAAGGCUGAGGUGAGUCAGGCUGAAGAACAUCUGGAGCAACUGGAGCAGGAGAUUGCUGAGCUGAAGAGGAGAGAUGCUGAGCUGGAGCAGCUUUCACACACAGAGGACCACAUCCAUUUCCUCAAGACAUUCCAGUCAGUGAGCAGCACACCUGAGACUAAAGCCGUGUCCAGUACCUGUGUUGACCAAAGCCUUUCUUUUGAGGCUGUGAAGAAAUCUGUCUCCUCACUAAAGGGGCAGCUGGAGGAUUUCUGCAAAGAGGAACUCAUGAAGAUAUCUGCCGCAGUGGCUAAAGUUCAGGCUAUGUUGCUUCCUGAACCUACAACCAGAGAGGAAUUCCUACAAUAUUCCUGUCACUUCACUCUGGAUCCAAACACAGCUAAUGGACUCCUCUAUCUGUCUGAGGGGAACAGGAGGGUGGAGCGGAGCGAUACGUCCCAGGCAUAUCCUGAUCACCCAGAGAGAUUUAAUAUGUAUGCUGAGGUGCUGUGUAGGGAGGGUGUGUCUGGACGCAGCUACUGGGAGGUGGAGCGGAGUGGGAAUGUUGAUAUAGCAGUCUCAUAUAAAAGCAUCAGCAGGAGGGGUCAUGAGUCUUGGUUUGGAGGUAGUGACCAGGCCUGGAUGCUGUGCACCUACUGCUCCAGCUCCAGCUGCUCUUUCUAUCACAGCAAAAAACAGACUAAACUCCCUCUAGUGGCCAGCUCCAGAAUAGGAGUGUAUGUGGAUCACAGGGCAGGAACUCUGGCCUUCUACAAUGUGUCUGACACAAUGACCCUCCUGCACAGAGUCCAGACCACAUUCACUCACACACUCUACCCUGGGUUUUAUAUCUCAGGUGUGAAAUCAUCAGUGAAGCUGUUGUGAGUGUUGUCAGUUGGGUAUUGGUCUGGUAUGAGCUGCAUGGCCCCUGCUGCAGUAGGAGGCAUUAGUGGUUCAGCUUUGGGAACUGGGCUCAGACUCCUCACAGAUACACAGAGGAAGAGGAAGGAUACGUAGUGUAGUGUAGCAUAAAUGUCCAAGUUCAUAUAAUGGUCAGUAUGGUAUUGUAACAUAAAAAUGUAAGUUUGAAUGUUUGCUUAAAGGUUUCAGGUUGUGGUUCGCUUGUACAAGUCUUACACAGUCGUGUGUUACCAUUUGCACUAAGACAAUAUUUUUACAAAAAGUGUUUAACAUUUCUUGUUUUACUACAUUGAUACAGACCAAGGAAUACCAAAACACUCUGAAUGUAAUCAGCUGUGAAUGUAAAGUCAGCGUCUGAUUGUCCUGUCUGUCUGCAUAAAUAAAGGUUUGUUU